GUCGUGCCGGGAAGAGGAAGUGAAGUAGUAAAGAAUAGGACGUUGUGUUGAAAUUGUUAAAACAUUCGAAUUGCUCUGUCUUUUAUAUAUUAAAUACCAAGCAUGCUUUUUAUUAACACUAGAUGUCGUCGGUAAGAACGUAGAUUUGUUAACCACUAACUAAUUUAGACCUGCCUGACUUUUUAGAAGACGGAGCAUUUUAUUUUCUAUAGAGACAUGAGUUCUGUUAGAUAUCUGACGAACAGAAGGUUGCUGUUAAACCUCAGUAAAUCCGUCCCUGAACACAGACUCCCUGCUUGGCUCAGACACCCAUGUAGACUGAUCCGGAGCUCCAGCAGAGCCAUGACAGUGAUGCCCGCUUGGGUUAUUGAUAAGUAUGGAAGCAAUGAUGUGCUGCGCUUCACAAAUAACGCCAGCUUCCCCGUUAUCAACUAUCCCAAUGAGGUGAUUGUUAAAGUGUUUGCAGCUGGACUGAAUCCACUGGAUGUCAGCAUGAGGGGUGGUUACGGCUCUUCUACGAUGGCGAUAAAAAGAGACCCUAUGAACAUCAUGCAGUCGGGCACCGAGUUCCCUCUCAUUCUGGGAAGAGACGUGUCUGGUGUCAUCAUGGAGUGUGGCCUGGAUGUGAAGUACUUCAAAGAGAGGGAUGAGGUGUGGGCAGCGAUCCCGCCGUGGAAGCAGGGCAGUUUGGCCGAGUUUGUGGUUCUAAGCGCCAAUGAGAUAUCCCACAAACCAAAGUCGAUGAGUCACACCGAGGCAGCAGCCAUACCCUACGUGGCGACCACUGCUUGGUCUGCGCUGGUGAACACAGGUGGCCUCCGUAAGGACAACUGCGUCAAAAAACGAGUUUUGAUCCUUGGGGGAUCUGGGGGAGUUGGAACAUUUGCAAUUCAGAUGCUGAAGGCAUGGGGAGCUCAUGUAACAGUCACCUGCUCCCACAAUGCCGAGCGGUUCGUCAGAGACCUUGGAGCAGACCAUGUGGUCGACUACACAGCUGGACCUGUUGAAGAACCGCUAAGACUUCUCGAGAAAUUUGACCUGAUCCUUGAUAAUAUUGGGGGGGACACUGAGCGGUGGGCCCUUGGCCUGCUUAAGCCAUGGACCGGAGCCAAAUAUGUCACCCUUGUAACACCUUUCCUGCUAAACACAGACCGGCUGGGUAUAGCUGAUGGCAUGAUGAAGACUGCUGCUACAGUCGCCACCAAAGCCAUAAAGCAUUUAGUCAAAGGAGUUCACUACCGCUGGGGUUUCUUUGCGCCGAGCGGCCCAGCAUUGGAUGAGAUUAGAGAAAUGGUGGAUGCAGGACAGAUCCGUGCCGUGGUGGAGGAGACAUUCAGCUUCUCCCAGGUACCUCAGGCCUUCGAGAAGGUGGAGAAGGGCCACGCCCGAGGAAAGACAGUGGUGGAAAUCAGCAAAGGCGGAUGUUGAUGUCUAGCACAGACUCUGGACAUAAUAUGCCUGUGUUUGCACAAUGUGACACAAAGUACUUCAAAAUGAGAGCAAUGCAACAGCCCACGCUACCGAGCAGAGCAAAAGACAAGAAAGGAAUCUUAAAUGAGGUUCCUGCAACUGCAACGACUUUUUCUACUUAAAAAAUGGCCUCGGAUGCAGAACAGCUGCAGUUACAGUAUUUGCUUCCAAUAUGC